CUUUUAUAAACUCACCACCACAGAACAAUGUCCUCAUCUCCUUCAUGCUUGACCCGUUUCUUGACCGACCCAUGGUCUUCAGCUAAAGUUGUCGUUCCUUCCAUUGCAAUCGAAGUCGUCCUGCACAAGAAGGUCUGGGAAAAGGCCUCGUUGCGCCACCUCACCUUGUACUUGACAUUGGCCAAUGCGUACUGGUUUGCCACCUCGCUCAAUUUCAACCUGUUCGAAACGCCAUUGCUGUGCCAAGUACCCAGCUUGGAUGAGCGCCAAAAGGUUGACGUUGGAAGACAUCGAUACGGAUGGCUAAACAAGGUCGAAUUGGUCGUUGGCGUCGUGACCUUGGAUCUUUUCUGCGAAUGGCGCAAGCGCAUCAUUGACCGUAACGGCUUUGUGGAUCUUUGCUUGUCAAGCGCUGUGCUUGCGCCCGCGCUCAUCACGGUCGCACAAGGCGCUUACUUCUUGCCCAAGUUGCUGGACCGUUGCUGGAACGACAAGCCAGCGACUACCGUGACUGGUGUCGACAACUCGUCGUGCUGCUCGGAAAAGACCUGCUGCCGAGCCUACAUUGGCAUCGAAGCUGCCAAGGUUGUCGGAUUGGCUGUGGCUGGCCUUCGCUUUGGUAAAAUGUUGACAGUUUAA